AUGCCCCUCUUACGUGUUAUUGUAAAUACUGUUGCGCUGCUCACUCUGCUCGUCGUUGCGGACGAGCAGAUCCCCCUCGGCGAUUCGUCUCCACGCGACCCACCACGUGUCGCCAUUGUCGGGGCGGGCAUCACGGGCGCGUCCACCGCUUUCCGUCUGCAGGAGAUCACAUACCCAUAUUCGCUCUAUUCUGUCACCAUCUUCGAGCGCGAGUCCAGUAUCGGCGGUCGCGUCAAACCCAUCUCCCCUUCUCUACACGACCAUGCAGUGCUGGAAGCCGGUGCGACCCAUUUCUUCGCCGACGACUGUCCUUAUCCCCGCUCUGCGGGCGUGUGGGAUGGCGAACAGCUUCGACCGGCACCCCCGUGCGACGUGGAAUCUCCGUCGUGGUGGGAUCUGGCCCGCUCCGUCUGGAAAUACGGUCUCUCGCCGUGGAGACUCCGUCAAGCAGUGCGCUCGAAUCUCGAGAAGUGGAAGAAAUUCGCCCGCUCUGGAGGCCCGUUCAUCGGUGUCGUGAUGGAAUUGGAGUACGCUGGUCUCGACGGUGUCGUUUUGGACUCUGCCGACUCUUAUUUUCGGAACAUCAGUGUCACGCCGCGCUUCCAGUCCGACUUUGUCGAGCCAUGUACGCGAGCUGACUUCUCGCAGAAUCCGGCUGAUGUACGUGGCUUUGUCUCUCUGAUGGCAGCUGGGGCGUCCAAGGCAACUUCGGUCCCCGGCCGUCAUCGACGCUACCGGCUUUCCAUCGCUGGCAACCAGUCGGCAGAUGCGGAAUUCGACGCGGUGGCUCUUGCGGCGCCGCUCCAGAGCAGCCAGGUGGAUCUCGGCGAUCUUGGCCUAGCCUCGAUUGCUUCACGGCUGCCUCCCUACGUCGAGACACACGUCACCCACUUCAUCACUCCGGCGGACAUCGAUCCGAAAUUCUUUGACCCCUUCUUAAAUGCCAGCAUCCCUGAGGAUCUCCUUACUGCAACCACCGCCUCACACGAUCCCGAUCUUCUCAGCCUAAGCAGAGUCGAUCUCCGCUAUAGAAUAGAUUGCGAGCCAGGGGAUGAGUGUGGCCAGUACGUUUGGGAAAAGAUCUACCGUGUUGUCUCCCGCCAUGUCAUGGAAGAUGGUGAUCUCGUCCGGAUGGUCGGUCGACAGUGGCACGAGGGAUCCAACCUCAGUGAUUAUGACAUCCGCUGGGUGCAUCGUCAGGCCUGGCCAAACGCGUUUCCGCGAUAUCGAUCGAGGCGCGCUUUGCUUGACGAGAUCGAGAUUGCGCCGGGACUGUUCUAUGGUGGUUGCUUCGAUGGAGAUGAGCUGUCGGAUGGGGAGGAAUGCCGGUGGGAUGGUAUUUUGGCGCGUGCCUUUUUAGUUUCUAAUGCACAUGUGUAUUUAUUUAUUAUUUAUCUGUAUUACAUAUCCCCACCCUUGUCCAAGCUCACGCAGAUCAACUGGAAUAUGGGCCCGGGAAUGAUGUCGAUUGCCGACUGCUGA